AUGAGGGAUGUCAUGUCGCGUGGGAUGACUGGGGAAGAUGACAUCAUUUUCGACGCGGCGGCAAUAGAGGCCAAAAAGAAAAAGAAGGAGCCGCGGAAUUAUUUGACCGACGGCGCAUUAGAGAGGAUGGAGAGGGGCGAGUCGGUAGCGAGUAGAGCGGGGGAAUGCAAUGACGACGAGGAGGCGGAGGAGGAGGAGGGGAACGAUGGCCGCAGCGAUCCGAGGCGUGUGAAGGAAGGCAACAAGUCGCUUUUCUCACGCAUUCGACACCGUCUGCAGCCACACCGCUGCGGUGAGAAGGACCCAUCCAACACGUUUAUUGCUGAAGUGCGUGGCGUCACGCUCCAUGCGUCGGUGCCACGCCUGUUGACAGCCGACACGCUGGCGGGGUUAUGCAUUCAGGAGGCAUCCGUCCCUUUCGCCACGGUCUUUUACAGCUCGGAGGGUUUUGUUGUCAAGUACGCCGUCGUACUGCGGCUCAGCGACGGCAGACGAUUGGCUGCAGACCGCCGAUACAGCGACCUUCUCUCUUUGCACCAUGUCAUGAAGAAGAUACAUUUCAACAGCGCCAGACGCUCAUUCGUCGGGCAUGUCGCACAAUCGACAUCUGUCCCGCCGUUCCCGCACUUCCCGGGCCGUGGCAUCAUGCGGGGGAGUAAAUAUCCGACCAUCACGUUUCUUCUGCAGCGGCGACGUGAACUGGACGAGUACUUCCGCGUGUUGACAUGUGAAUCGCCUGCGGGUGUGCAAGAGUGCCUCACGUCCUUCGCAGCCCGCGAACUGUUGAUACGUUUUUGCAUGCCCUCUUCAAGGCGGUGUGGAACGGACGACGGGGCGGCGGAGGAGCCUCAUGAGGGGGAUGCUGGCGACAGGAGGAAAAAGAAGGGCGACAGUCGCAAGGACAAGGGAGGGAUGAAAGGGACGCUGCCGAUAUCAACACAUGCAACUUCUUUCUGCCUUCUUGAUGAUGGGUUUGACUGGGAUGCGCUACUGGGAUCCGUGAAGGCUACAGGAACAUCAUCUUUAUUAUUAUUCCCGUCAUCAUCAUCUUUAUCGUUAGAACAUCGGCAAGCUGCCACCAUGAAGCCUAAAUGCACAUUGAAAUCUUCUUCUGCCAUGUCUUUUGAGGUCAAUGAGGGGGUCCUGCAGAUGAACUUGGGUGAUUUCUCUGCGUUAAGGCGAGUGCUGGAGCCCCGAUUGGAGUGCACAGACAACAAUGAUAACAACGACAGCAGCGGUACCUGGAGGGAAGAUGAGCAUCUCGCACAUGCAGGAAUGAUGAGUUUCUUUAAUGCCCCUCAACGUGCCUCUGUGUGUAGAAAUCCGAGAUGGAUUCAGGACGCGUACGGCGUACGGAAGUCCACGACGGAGGACCCAAACACGACGAUGCUUCCGUGCAUGAGCGCCAUACCGACACUUCUUUUUGCGACCUCCCACGCAAAGAUGUACUUUGACGCCAUGAAUCCCCACCGACUGCGGGUGGUGGUGGUGUGCAGUGAGGGACAUGAGUGCAUCACGGAGGUCAUGCGUCGCCGUGAUGCGUUGGUUGCCUUCUACACAGUUGUCGCAGGCCGCCACAAUGUAGACAUGUUGCCGUCAGCGGAGGAAGCAGGCUACCUCUUAAGUGGGUACAGAAGGCAUAAGCGGUGGGGGCCUCUUCUGCGGAUGAAAAUGUUGGGGAUGAAGAGCCCGCGGUGUCAUUUGACGCCUCGCACGUCCUCAUCGAAGAACUCAUCAUCGGCACCGUUGUUGUCGGUUGCGGCGGCACCACUCAGCCUGGCAGCGGAGGCCAAGUGCCACAGGGACGCGGCAGCCGACACGGCCGUCACGAUAACCUCCACACGUACCGAAAAGAGAGACGGGGCCGAGGGCGAUGAGCCUGCGACGGGGCAGGCGUUGAGUCAAAAUUCUCCCUCUCAUGAUCGCCCUGAGGACACGAAACACAAAUGUCCGGAACCUCUUCACACCGAAAGGGACGUCAGUGAGUUGCCUGCUGCCGCUGAUGAUGAUGAUGGUAACAAUGGGGGU